AUGUCACACCUUAGUGCUUCAGCCACAGGAAAGAACUAUGACUCCAUUAUGAAAAUCCUAUUAAUUGGUGACUCUGGCGUAGGGAAAUCAUGCCUUUUAGUGCGUUUUGUCGAGGACAAAUUUAGUCCAUCCUUUAUAACCACCAUUGGUAUUGAUUUCAAAAUCAAAACUGUUGAAAUUAAUGGUAAAAAGAUCAAACUGCAAUUAUGGGAUACAGCAGGUCAGGAAAGAUUCAGAACAAUAACAACCGCUUACUACCGUGGUGCUAUGGGUAUCAUUCUUGUCUAUGAUGUUACUGAUGAGAAAACUUUCGCAAAUAUCAACAAAUGGUUCAAAACUGUUACUGAGCAUGCAAAUGACGACGCUCAAUUAUUGUUGGUAGGUAACAAAAACGAUAUGGACACUAGAGUAGUUUCUUGUGAACAAGGGGAAGUUUUGGCCAAAGAGUUGGGGUUACCUUUCGUCGAAUCAAGUGCAAAGGAUAACAAUAAUGUUAGUGAUAUCUUUUUAUCUUUGGCUAAAUUAAUUCAAGACAAGAUUGACGCAAACAAUAUAACUACAGGAGCAAACCAACAAAAGGGAAUUAAUAUAAACACUAAUAAUAGUAGUAGUAGCAAGUCGAACUGUUGUUAA